AUGCACGUGUGUUGGAGGAGGCCUGCCCCAGUGGAAAUAUUCCUGACUUUCUUACUGUUCUUACUAGGAACAGUGGGGGGUGAGGUUUUGAAUCCCCCAUAUUUUAACUUGGCGGAAGGGCGAAGAAUAGAAGCAAGUGCAACAUGCGGGGAAGGCGUUGAUGAACCCGAAUUGUACUGUAAAUUGGUCGGAGCCAACACCGAUAGGCAGGACAACCCGAACAUCAACUUAAUCUACGGUCAAGUUUGCGACUUUUGUGACCCAAAUGACCCGAAAAGAGCUUACCCCCCGUCAAACGCAAUUGAUGGCACCGAAAAUCGGUGGCAAAGUCCCCCCCUUUCCAGGGGUAAACAAUACAAUCAAGUGAAUCUGACGAUCCAUUUGGGCCAGGAAUUCCACGUGGCUUACGUUUUUAUCAAAAUGGGCAAUUCGCCGAGGCCAGGUGUUUGGGUCCUAGAACGUUCAACGGAUAAUGGAAAGACCUACACACCGUGGCAAUAUUUUGCUGAUACUCCCAGUGACUGCGUGCAGCAUUUUGGUGAAAAGGCAUUGGAGCCUCUUGUGCGGGAUGAUUCAGUCAUUUGUGAAACAAAAUUUUCGAAAGUAGUCCCAUUAGAAGGUGGAGAGAUUGUUGUUUCACUUUUGAAUGACCGACCUAAUGCUGAUAACUUUUCAUAUUCGACGGUCUUGCAAGAAUGGACAAAAGCGACAGACAUUCGCCUCAGGUUUAUGAGGACGAAAACCUUGUUAGGUCAUCUUAUGUCAGUAGCACGUCAGGAUCCUACAGUCACAAGGAGAGUAAGUAGUAGUUUAAAAUAAACUGAAAAUAAAUGCAUUUUGCAUACAUUUAUAGCAAGUAAUAUCAUGUUGUGUGCAUGUAUGUAUAGGUAUAGUUAAAGAAAUCAUUCCUUAUAUAUAUAUAAUUGCAUAACGAUUUUUUUAAAAACAAAAUAUAAUCAUGCCUAGAUUUUCGCGUAUUAAGCCACUAAAAAACCAUCAAUAAAGACUUAUGAUGAAAUUCAAAUUCUGGUCUUUGUGAAAAAUUGGU